AUGUCUACUUCUAACUCCACCGGCUUCCCUAUCACCACCUACUCAAUACCCGGUGACGCCAACUUGCUAGCCGAUGAACGAGUGUCUUUUGCCCGUGGGCAACGACACAACCAAGCCAACAUCACUGAUGCCAUAGAAUUAAUACUCAAUACAUUUGUUGGAAAGCGAGCAUUUGCGGCUCAACAGUCAGGACUUGAGUAUCUGUCAGGCACUCCGGAUGGAAAAGUUAGUUUUGGAAUCUUUGUUGGAAUGACGCUUGAGGAUGAGCUCCUCAAAUGGGCAGAUAGACUUGGCAAAGGAAUAUUUGGAAUCAGGCGGGAGGACAUUGCUAAACAAAACUUGCACGCGGAUAGAGCAAGACGGUUGUACAAGUACUCCUCCACCUGGUUUGUCCCUCCGGUCCUUGUCGCACCCAGACCAGACCAGUGUUACCCCAGAGCACACUUACCACAUCAUCACCCGUCAACCUAUGCCCAUCCUGUUGGAGGAAAAAUAUAUUCCCACCAUCCCAACCAGCCUGAUCUCACAAGAGUUGAGCCACUCCAGUCCCCAUUCCAUUGGGUCAAACCCAAAACCACCAUCAGCCGGCAAGAGGUGAUACUCCAGAUCCCCGCCGCCAAAACUCCAUCAAAAUGGCAGUCUUGUAUGUCGAAGGGACAAAAAGACAGUCUGCCUGGCGCAAUGCACAGGCCUGAGACUGGCUCUCCCUCCAACCCAAUCAAUGUAGAUGACGAUGCAGCCAUGAUCGAUCAGUUGUACGCAGGAAUGUACAACCUGGGAGAUGACAAUCCAACCACUCCCCAAUCCAACGCCUCAUCCAACACCCGACAAAGAUACCGUGAAGGCCCUACUAUUGCCCCAACUGUGACUGUUGUGCACCGGGACAUAGUUUCAAUUGAUGUCCCAUCCGCAGGGAAGACGAGAAUAGGAUUCUGA